AGGGAUGCCGUUGGUUGGCAGCGUGCUGCUGACUACGGCGUGCUGCUGCCGCCUCAGUACUGCUCAGUACUGGCUGGUGCUGGUCGGUAAUCGUUCGCGUGACGACGUAAUUGUACUAAUCGUGGUUUUCCUCGCGAAUGUGUCUGUUUAAUCCGACCCGAGAUCGCGUCUGUUCGUUCUGUGCGCUAACUUCCGCAAAAUUGAGAGGAGCGAUCGACUGAAACGAGAAGAACCAGAUUUUUAUCUGUAUUACGCUGAGAGUGACGUUUAAAUUACUAAUUACUAAUUAAACGCGACUGCUUUCGAUAUCGUCAUACAAUGACGUCAACUAACUCGUAAUACUUCCGAGGAUCGACCGAGACCGAUGGUCGCCAGCACGCGGUGCCGAUUGCAUAGUGUAAUAUUUUUAUGAUUGGGAAUUCUCAAGAAAUUUGAAGAGAUUUUUACGCUGGAUAAAGUCUGCAGAGGAAAUCUAUCUUUUAAUGAGGAAAAUUGGAGCAGCUUGAUUACACUUGCAGAUAAAUUGUCCGAUACAUGCAAUUUAUGCCCUUGAUUUGGACAAUCUUUAAUAUGACAUGAACUAUCCGUUUCUCGAGGGAUUUCAAAUGAAUUUCUGAGUUAGCUUUGUUAAAUAUUUCUCCUUGAGGAGACCUCAAAAAUGUUAUUGUAAAAACAACAAAUUGCAAUGAAGAUAUGUUCAACUGACAAAGAGAAAAUCUGAUAAAUAGAGAAUCAACUUAAUCGAUGAAAGUAUUGUAAAAUAUUAGAAUUAUAAAAAAGACAAACGAAUAAUUCUAUAACAUAAAUAAAGAAAACAAUUAUAUUUAUCAAUAAAGUAAUAGGGAAGCUGAUAAUCCAGAAUCUUUGUUAUCUCUGAGAUAAUAAAUGAGAUUCGAACGAGUUAAAUUCACUUUUCACUCUAGAGAAUUCAAUUUCUAUCGAGGGAAACUUUCGUUAUAAAUUUACGAAUUUGUCAGAGUCUGAUAACGUAUGAUAAAAGACCUCUGAACGAUACCAGGUCUUAGUAAAUUUAAACGUGACGAAAAGUACACGUAAGACUACGCCAAGUUCAUCUCUUAUUAUAUCUGUUGCACGAGUUGAACAUAUCCAGCACAUUUUUCCGAAGGAAGCAAAGCGGAACAAAAAAAGAUCUUUUUAACAAUAGCCGUAUUGACAGCAACGAUUCUUGCGAAACGCGAAAAAUUCGUGUAUUGGAGCUAACGAGUUUGUCCCGCCUUUGUUGAUACAGGUUACAUAAUUGCAUCAGAGGCGGCCCGAUCGUAUAAAUGAUGACCUUGGUGGUCUCUUACCGGUGGACCGUUAGUUUUGUUUCUUCGAGGAAGCGAAGUCGAAGAUGAUAUCGAAGAGGAGUUGAUAUUAUAUGAAAGAUGACUGUCAGCUAUACUGCAGAAGUAGCCACUUGUAGAGGUCUCGGCUGCUUUCUCAAGCUGCUACUCAGAUGGCGGGCAAGCAUUUACAAACUCGUCUGGCUCGAUCUGACGCUCUUCCUUUUCAUCUACUACUUUCUAUCCGGCGUCUACCGAUUGCUGUUGAACGAGGACCAAAAGAGGAUAUUCGAAUCUGUGGUGGCGUACUGCAACGAGUACAGCGAUCUGAUACCAUUGUCAUUCGUCCUGGGUUUCUAUGUCAGUAUCGUCAUGACCAGGUGGUGGAAUCAAUACAUGGCUAUACCAUGGCCUGAUUCCAUCGCGGUCUUCGUUUCAUCUACUAUACACGGGAACGACGAGCGCGGUCGUCUAAUGCGCCGGACGAUCGUAAGAUACGUGUGCGUCUGUCUAACUAUGGUCCUAACGAAUGUCGCACCGCGCGUAAAGAAGAGAUUUCCUACUCUGGAGCAUUUUGUGGACAGCGGCUUGUUGCUGGAAAACGAGUUAGCGAUAUUUAAAAGCCUAAAUGCAAAAUUUCCGAAGCCGAGUAAGCAUUGGCUGCCGAUAGUUUGGGCUUCUAGCAUAGUGACCCGCGCCCGGAAGGAAGGACGAAUACGUGACGAUUUUGCGGUGAAAACUCUCAUCGACGAACUUAACAAAUUCCGUGGAAUGUGUGGCAGCAUAUCGCACUAUGACACGAUCAGCGUCCCGUUAGUGUACACUCAGGUCGUAACAUUAGCUGUAUACACGUAUUUCUUGACUAGUGUAAUGGGUCGUCAGUGGGUUCAGAAGUCGAACUCGAAUAUCGACCUGUACUUCCCGGUGUUUGCAACAUUGCAGUUCUUCUUUUACAUGGGCUGGUUGAAAGUAGCUGAAACGCUAAUCAAUCCGUUCGGUGAGGACGACGACGAUUUCGAAGUAAACUGGUUAAUCGAUCGCAAUUUGCAAGUAAGCUAUCUAAUCGUCGACGAGAUGCACCACGAGCAUCCCGAACUCAUACGCGAUCAAUAUUGGGACGAAAUAUUCCCUACGGAAUUACCAUACACCGCUGCAUCGCAACACUUUCGCGAGGAACCUCCACAACCCUCGACAGCCGGUAUACAAUUGUCUGCUGCGCAACAAGAAUUGCAACCAUCGUCGGUUAAAAUCGACGAUUUGGCACCGGAUGAUCAGAAAUUUCGCUCCGAUAUCGCUGACGAUGCCGCAUCGGGCAUACAUUUUACCGCGAGUGGAAAGCUAUCUAGAAGCAACACAGAGAGCACUGAGAGAUUAAUAAGGAGCGCCAGCAGAGUGAGUAAUCGCGAUCGCAAUAUCAGUGGUGGUUCGACUCCUAGCAAUUUGGGUGAAUCUCUCUCGAGAGUUGCCAGCGUUACAAGUGUACUUAAACGAUUGUUUAGCAAGGAUGACAGACCGGAUGGAGGUACUACGAGUACCGUCAAGACCUCAGGAAAAAUGACGAACACGGGCUCAACGACUUCGUUACAAACACGACCACCCGGUGCAGGUGGCUCUAUGAGAAUAGGCGUUAUCGAGGAAGUGGACGAGCAGAUGACACUGACAUCGUUACGACAAUCGAAUGAGAGCAGGCCUCAUGUACAAAGUAUAUUUGCGCAAGGUCCGCCACCGCCGAGUGAUCCCGUCGACGUCCCUGGUGCACAGUCUCACAAGCGUGAAGUGUUUUCUAGAAGUGCACCUGCACGCGGAGGUGCUUUAACAGUAACUGGCAGUACGGAAUCCCCAUGCGAAAAGCAGACCGUAUUCAGGACACAAGUAUCCACACAAUCGAUGAGGUUGAGCGGUUUCGAACCGGCGAGUUACACCGGUAGUGAAAUAAACGACGACCUGCCCAGUAUCUCGUCCAACUCUUCGGGUUCUAGCGAGAAUGCCACGAACGAAUUUAUAAAAUUGAAAGUUGAAAGAAAGGAACAGAGACGUAACCGUAGACUUGCUCGAAGCGUUAGUGGUCUAAACGAAAGUACAUCGAGAAGUCCUCCCGAAUCAGAAACUCUCCUGCUUGCAGAGUUAGCGGACGCGUCACGACAAUGUUUGAGAAAUAGACGCGAUGAAAACGAUCGAAUUUAGAAAAAUGCGUUGACUUUACAUCGACGUUUGCCUAAGUAAGCCUAAAUAAGCCUUGAUAUCAAGAAGUGCGAUUAAAGUAAGAGAAAGCGUGACAAUACAUCAUCAUACAAAUGACAGAUUUGUUAUAUGUAUUAGAUGUGAACAAAUUUGUGAUUAAACGAGUUUACCAUCAAAGAAAUAUCAAUACAUUGUUACGCUAGAGAUGUGCGAACAAGAUUUCUUUGACGUUGAAUCAAAUUAAAUUGAAUUUUAUUCCAAUUUCUUUAUUCGAAUUCAAAUCAAACUGAAUCAAAAUUUUACCCGAAUCAAAUUGAACCGAAUCGUUAAAACAUACUUUUAAUUAAGAAUUGCUAAGUUAAAUGGUUAUAUAUAAAUAAUGAAAAAAUUACAAUGUAAAAAAUAAUAUUUAUUAUAUGAUAUAAAGUUAUGUUAAAUAUAAUUUCAUAUUGUCAAUGUACAUGUGAUUCGUAUUCGAAACUGGAUUUGAAUAUUUUGAAUAAUUCAAAUUUAUAGAGGAUCAUAGAAAUUAAAAUUCGAAAUGGUUCGUACAUCUCUAACACAUACUUACAGAUUUGGUAUUGCGAAUAGUGUUAUGUACUCGUAUGUGUUAUAAAUAGCGAAAUUUUGCGAUUAGCAAUUUUUUAGCUUUCUCAUAAAAUCAGCUUUAACAACGAAAAGUUUGUAAAAAGUCGAUAAGAAUAUUUUUUACAUGAGUAUGUAUAACGCGGUACUGUCGUGCGAAAGUUUUUCGCGAAAGCCAGCUAGAGAGAAAUUUUAAUUUAUUUCUAAUCGUACAUCAUGCAUACAAAUCGUUUAUUAUACUUAUAUAAAUUAAUUUCCAUUUUAAUCAUGAACGAAUAAAAAAGAAAAUAGGUAAAAACAAAAAUGGUACGUUUACAACCAUGUUCACGUUUUGUCUUAAUAUUGCAUGAUGUCUUACUGUACGUUUAAACGACUUGACUGUUGCUGGUUAUUUUUUAUCAACAUUUCACGACGUACGCUAUUUGUUACGAUGCUCGUUACGGUGCUACGUAAGCCGUUUGUUUUGCAGUAUUAUUGAAAUAAAGUAUUUUCAAUAAAA